GCUCGGGCGGUGCGCAGAGUGCGGACCCGCGCUGGCAUGUCCCCGCGCGCGGGAGCCCCAGUCGACCGCCGGGUGCGGGCGGCUGCUAACUUGGCUGCAGGCUCCGGCGGCCCGGCCGCGGCCAUGUAGUUGCCGGCGGAGCUCUCUGCAGCCCGGGAGCGGCAGCGAGAGCGAGCAAGAGCCCAGCAGUUCGAGGCUUUCCCCGGAGGCGCUGAGUGCGUGCCGCGCCCUCGCCGGCCCUUGGGCCGCACUUUGGGCCCGAGAGGGAAAUGGGGGAGAAAGUUUCGGAGGUGCUGGAGCCAGUGCUCCGCGGCUGCAGCGGCCACAGUGCCCGGACUCUCGCCCCUGCGGCGGCUGCCGCGUCCUCGCCGGGAGCUUCCUCUGCCGAGUCCUCAUCGGGCUCAGAAACUCUGUCGGAGGAAGGGGAGCCCAGCUUCUCUCGCGAGCACCCGCCGCCGCCGCCGCCGCCGCCGCCGCCGGGCGGCGCUCGGCCGCCCGCCGCGUGGGCUCCCGCGCGCUUGGUGCCAGAGCGUGGAGUCCCCGCGCCGCCGCCGCAGCCGCCGCUGCCCGGAGGAACCGCGUCCCCCGCGCCCCGGGGCAGCAGCGCGUCCCAGGAAGAGCAGGAUGAGGAGCUUGACCACAUACUAUCCCCUCCGCCCAUGCCAUUUCGGAAAUGCAGCAACCCAGACGUGGCUUCCGGCCCUGGAAAGUCGCUGAAGUUUAAAAGACAGCUGAGUGAGGAUGGAAGACAGCUGCGGCGGGGAAGCCUGGGGGGUGCUCUGACUGGGAGGUACCUCCUUCCAAACCCGGCGGCGGGGCAGGCCUGGGCAACCUCUGCAGAGACGUCCAACCUCGUGCGCAUGCGCAGCCAGGUCCUGGGCCAGUCGGCGCCCUUGCUCACGGCCAGCCUGGAAGGGCAGCCUCCGAAGAGCCAUUUCAACUCAGCCCGACAUCACCAGAGACUAGUGGACCCAGCUGCUUCAAAAAAGGAGCUGAGUCUCCCCAGAAGAGGAAGUCUGAUAGAUUCCCAGAAGUGGAAUUGCUUGGUCAAACGUUGCCGAACCAGCAACCGGAAAAGCUUGAUAGGUAAUGGGCAGCCCCCAGCACUGCCUCGGCCUCACUCACCUCUCUCUGCUCAUGCAGGAAAUAGCCCUCAAGAUAGUCCAAGAAACUUCUCCCCCAGUGCCUCUGCCCAUUUUUCAUUUGCACGGAGGACUGAUGGACGCCGCUGGUCCUUGGCUUCUCUCCCCUCCUCUGGCUAUGGGACAAACACGCCCAGCUCCACGGUCUCUUCAUCCUGCUCCUCCCAGGAGAAGUUGCACCAGUUACCAUAUCAACCAACACCAGACGAAUUACACUUCUUAUCAAAACAUUUUUGUACCACCGAAAGCAUCGCCACAGAGAACAGAUGCAGGAAUACACCCAUGCGCCCCCGUUCCCGAAGUCUGAGCCCUGGACGCUCUCCUGCCUGCUGUGACCAUGAAAUAAUUAUGAUGAACCAUGUCUACAAGGAAAGAUUCCCAAAGGCUACAGCUCAGAUGGAAGAGCGCCUAAAGGAAAUAAUCACCAGCUACUCCCCGGACCACGUCCUCCCCCUCGCAGAUGGAGUGCUUAGUUUCACUCACCAUCAGAUUAUUGAACUGGCUCGUGAUUGCUUGGAUAAAUCCCACCAGGGUCUCAUCACCUCACGAUACUUCCUUGAAUUGCAGCACAAAUUAGAUAAGUUGCUACAUGAGGCUCAUGAUCGUUCAGAAAGUGGAGAAUUGGCAUUUAUUAAACAGCUAGUUCGAAAGAUCCUAAUUGUUAUUGCCCGUCCUGCUCGGUUAUUAGAGUGCCUGGAAUUUGAUCCUGAAGAAUUUUACUACCUAUUGGAAGCAGCAGAAGGCCAUGCAAAAGAAGGACAGGGUAUCAAAACUGACAUUCCCAGGUACAUCAUUAGCCAGCUGGGUCUCAAUAAAGAUCCUCUGGAAGAAAUGGCUCAGCUGGGAAACUAUGAUAGUGGGACAGCAGAAACACCAGAAACAGAUGAAUCGGUGAAAAGCUCUAAUGCUUCCCUGAAACUUCGAAGGAAACCUCGGGAAAGUGAUUUUGAGACGAUUAAAUUGAUUAGCAAUGGAGCCUAUGGGGCAGUCUAUUUUGUUCGGCAUAAGGAAUCGCGGCAGAGGUUUGCCAUGAAGAAGAUUAAUAAACAGAACCUCAUCCUCCGAAACCAGAUCCAGCAGGCCUUUGUGGAACGGGAUAUCCUGACUUUUGCAGAAAACCCUUUUGUUGUCAGCAUGUAUUGCUCCUUUGAGACCAGGCGCCACUUGUGCAUGGUCAUGGAAUAUGUCGAAGGAGGUGACUGUGCUACCUUAAUGAAGAACAUGGGUCCUCUCCCUGUUGAUAUGGCCAGGAUGUACUUUGCUGAGACAGUCCUGGCCUUGGAAUAUCUACAUAAUUAUGGAAUUGUACAUAGGGAUUUGAAACCAGACAAUUUGCUGGUCACCUCCAUGGGGCACAUAAAGCUGACAGAUUUUGGAUUAUCCAAGGUGGGGCUAAUGAGCAUGACUACCAAUCUUUAUGAGGGUCAUAUUGAGAAGGACGCUCGAGAGUUCCUGGACAAACAGGUCUGUGGCACACCUGAAUACAUUGCACCAGAAGUGAUUCUGAGGCAGGGCUAUGGGAAGCCGGUAGACUGGUGGGCCAUGGGGAUUAUCCUCUAUGAAUUUCUGGUUGGAUGCGUGCCAUUCUUUGGGGACACUCCAGAAGAGCUAUUUGGACAAGUCAUCAGUGAUGAGAUCAACUGGCCUGAAAAGGAUGAGGCGCCACCACCUGAUGCCCAGGAUCUGAUUACCUUGCUUCUCAGGCAGAAUCCCCUGGAGAGACUGGGAACAGGUGGUGCGUAUGAAGUCAAACAGCAUCGAUUCUUCCGUUCCUUAGACUGGAACAGUUUGCUGAGACAGAAGGCAGAAUUCAUUCCCCAACUGGAAUCCGAAGAUGACACGAGUUAUUUUGAUACGCGGUCAGAGAAGUACCAUCAUAUGGAGACUGAGGAAGAAGAUGACACCAAUGACGAAGACUUUACUGUGGAAAUAAGGCAGUUUUCCUCAUGUUCACAUAGGUUUUCUAAAGUUUUCAGCAGUAUGGAUCGAGGUACUCAGAAUCCAGGAGAAGAAAAGGAAGACCCUGGGGACAAAACCAAAAGCACAACUUUGCCGUCCACGGAAACAUUAAGCUGGAGUUCAGAGUAUUCUGAAAUGCAACAGUUAUCCACAUCCAACUCUUCGGAUACUGAAAGCAACAGACAUAAAGUCGGUUCUGGCCUGCUUCCCAAACUGGCUAUUUCAGCAGAGGCAGAACAAGAUGAGGCUGCCCCCCACCCCAGAGAGCUGCAUGAGCAGCGGGAAAAGCCAGCCCCCACCCCUGCAGAGAAUGCACAGGAGGAGCCCGAGGUCAGCACUCCGGCCAGCACCAUCAGCAGCUCCACCUUGUCAGUUGGCAGUUUUUCAGAGCACUUGGAUCAGAUAAAUGGACGAAGCGAGUGUGUGGACAGUACAGAUAAUUCCUCAAAGCCCUCCAGUGAACCCACUUCUCACAUGGCUCGGCAGCGAUUAGAAAGCACAGAGAAAAAGAAAAUCUCGGGGAAAGUCACAAAGUCCCUUUCUGCCAGUGCUCUGUCCCUCAUGAUCCCAGGAGAUAUGUUUGCUGUUUCUCCACUGGGAAGUCCAAUGUCUCCCCAUUCUCUGUCCUCGGACCCUUCUUCCUCAAGGGAUUCCUCUCCCAGCCGAGAUUCCUCAGGAGCUUCUGCCAGUCCAUACCAGCCCGUUGUGAUCCACAGUUCAGGGAAGAACUAUGGUUUCACCAUCCGAGCCAUCCGGGUGUAUGUGGGAGACAGCGACAUUUACACAGUGCAUCAUAUCGUUUGGAAUGUAGAAGAAGGAAGUCCAGCUUGCCAGGCAGGACUGAAGGCUGGGGAUCUGAUCACACACGUCAAUGGAGAACCAGUGCAUGGACUCGUCCACACAGAAGUUAUAGAGCUCCUGCUAAAGAGUGGAAAUAAGGUGUCGAUCACGACCACCCCAUUUGAGAACACAUCAAUCAAGACGGGGCCAGCCAGGAGAAACAGCUAUAAGAGCCGGAUGGUGAGGCGGAGCAAGAAAUCCAAGAAGAAGGAAAGUCUGGAAAGGAGAAGAUCCCUUUUCAAAAAACUAGCCAAGCAGCCUUCUCCUUUACUCCACACCAGCCGAAGUUUCUCCUGCUUGAACAGAUCCCUGUCAUCAGGGGAGAGCCUCCCGGGGUCCCCCACUCACAGCUUGUCUCCCCGAUCCCCUACUCCCAGCUACCGCUCCACCCCCGACUUCCCAUCCGGUACUAACUCCUCCCAGAGCAGCUCCCCAAGCUCUAGUGCCCCCAACUCCCCAGCAGGGUCAGGACACAUCCGGCCCAGCACUCUCCACGGCCUGGCCCCCAAACUCAGCGGGCAGCGAUACCGGUCAGGAAGACGUAAGUCAGCGGGCAGCAUCCCGCUCUCCCCGCUGGCCCGGACGCCCUCUCCAACUCCACAGCCCACCUCCCCUCAGCGGUCACCGUCCCCUCUGUUGGGACAUUCACUUGGCAACUCCAAGAUCUCUCAAGCCUUUCCCAGCAAAAUGCACUCCCCCCCGACCAUCGUCAGACACAUCGUGAGGCCCAAGAGCGCAGAGCCCCCGCGGUCCCCGCUGCUCAAGCGCGUGCAGUCGGAGGAGAAGCUCUCUCCCUCCUACGGCAGUGACAAGAAGCACCUGUGCUCCCGCAAGCACAGCCUGGAGGUCACCCAGGAGGAGGUGCCGCCGCGGGAGCAGUCCCAGCGGGAGGUGACCUUGCAGAGCCUGGAGGAGAACGUGUGCGACGCGCCUGCCCUCAGCCGGGCCAGGCCUGUGGAGCAAGGCUGCCUGAAACGCCCUGUGUCCCGGAAGCUGGGCCGACAGGAGUCUGUGGACGAGCUGGACCGAGAGAAGUUGAAGGCCAAGGUGGUGGUGAAGAAACCCGACGGGCUCCCAGAGAAACAGGAAUCCCGCCAGAAACCCCAUGCACUUGGCAAUGAUGUGGAAAACCUCUCUGCUUUUAGGCUAGAAGACAGAGAGAAGAAAAUCUAUCCAAAGGCUUCGGAAAGGUCAAAUCAUUUUGAAAACAAAGCAGCCGCGCAGGAGGCCCAGGCCCCGGGCAGCCUGCUGAAAGAUGCUCUCCACAAGCAGGCCAGUGUGCGGGCCAGCGAGGCUGUCACCUCGGAGGGGGCCGCAGCUCCCGGGGACCACAGCCAGGGCACCGGUGACCUCAAACGAGCCUCGGCUCACAGCACCCUCCAAGACGGUCUCUGUCACGCCACCCACAGGCCCACCGCCGGGAAGGGUGAGUACACGGAGAAGUCCCCGCAGGCCAAGGAGGGUCCCCGGUGUGAGAAGUUAGACAGCAAGCUGGCCAACAUCGAUUACCUCAGAAAGAAGAUGUCCCUUGAAGACAAAGAUGAUGGCCCCUGCCCUGUGCUUAAGCCCAAGAUGACACCUGGUGCCCAGGAGGGCCUGCCGGGGAGCGCGGGCCGACCGGCCGGGGGGCAGCAGGAGGCCCAGCCGGCCUCCGAGAGCCGCGCGCCAUUCAUCAGCGGCCACGUGGCUCAGCUCAGCACCGUCUCCUUUGUCCCUCUCAAGGCCCUUUCUGGCCGGGUGGACAGCGGAGCGGAGAAGCCGGGCUUAGCUGCUCCAGAGUCGCCUGUCCGGAAAAGCCCCUCCGAGUAUAAGCUGGAAGGGCGGUCUGUGUCAUGCCUGAAGCCCAUCGAGGGCACUUUGGACAUUGCUCUUCUGUCUGGACCGCAGGCCUCCAAGACGGAGCUGCCUUCACCAGAGCCUGCCCAGAGCCCCAGCCCAGGCAGUGACGUAGGGCCCCCUGUGCCACAGGCUCUCGCCGGCAGCAUGGGGAGGAAGGGUGAAACUGCGGGUCAGAGGGAGUCCUCCCCUGCCAGCUUCAAGGUGAACAAAUCCUACCUGCUCGAGCCUCGGUUCCCACCACCCAGCCGGGGUCUGCAGGGCUCACCGGCGUCACCCCUGCCUGACCCAGAGCUGAAGCUGGACAGGAAGGUUUCCCACGCAGCCAGGACCCCGGUGACCAUCGUGGAAAGCCAUCCCCAGCGGGGGGAGGGCAGCCCCAGCCAACACCAAGACCACAGGCCCGACGUGAAGCUCCUUCCCCUCCUGGGGCAGAACCUCCAAGGUGCUGACCCGUCUAGAUUGCGCAGCCCACUCCCACCUGAAGGUGCCCCCUUGAGGGAGAAGCCUAGCGGGAGGGAGUCGUCCGAAAGGGGCCCUUCCACAGCCAGAAGUGAGCGGUUGGCUUUGAGGGCCGACAUCCGCAGAGACCCCUCCAAGGAGCUAUAUCCACUAGAAGCUGCUAAAACCAGUGACAACUCCAAAACCCUCCCCGCUGUGGGGAGGACCCGCCCAGAUGUCUCCACCCAGACCCAGGCCUUGGAGAAAGCAUGCGGGCCUUGUGGGAAAACAAACCCCAAAGACAGCCGAGAUGAGGUGAGGCCACUGGCCAGAGAAGACCCCUCUUUGCACUCUGCAGCGGCUCCUUGUGAGAGGGAGCUGGUCAAGGGAAGGAGUGGCCCGGAAUCGAAGCUGGCAUCCGCUUCUGCCAGGUGGUCUCUGGAGCCACCCGGGACAGAGAGUGAGAAGAGUGAAAAGCUCUCCGGUUUCCGAUCUGUGCAGAAAGAUGGUCCCAAGGAACCAGAAAGGAAAGAACAGCCCCUGCAGAAGCAUCACCUCACCAGUAACUCUCAGCCCCUACCUACCACCAAAGAGCUCCCUCGCCUGGCCGCUCAGCAGCAUUACACUCAACAAAGCUACCCUGCUGGCUCUCUGCCUGGGAGCAGGCCCUGCGCUACACACUCAAUCCUGGGCCUCCAGGACCCUCCCAAGCCCACUGCUGUGCCCUGUGAAAGCAGCAGCCACAAGCCCAGGUCUGGCCCCGACACAGACCCUCCAAAGUCUAAGCACCCAGACCGGCCCCUCUUCUCCCAGAAGCUGAGCAUUGAGGCUGCAGUGGGCAAAGAGCCUGGUGCUCAGCCCCCCGGCAGAGAGGGGAAGGGCAGCAGUAAGGGUGUGUCAGAGGAGUUCCCUGCCCUCCCAGGUCCCCAGAACACAGCCCGCGAUGUGAUUGGCCAGGGAGCAAGUGGGCCCUCAGUCCCCCUACACAUGGAAUGGGGUCCUCCAGACACCAAGCUGAGACCCACCAGCAGUGGGCAUCCCCCAGAGGCACUGGAGAAGCCCGCACAUCCACCACGGCAAGGACCCCUAGGGGCCAGUGAGUCGGUGGACCAGAAACUUCCCACUGUAGGGGAAAGGCAGAACCCAUCUCCAAAGGCCCCCAAACCAUCCACUGUGAAAGAUUAUCCCCCUCUGUGCAAACAGACAGACAGGAGCCUGAGUCCGCCGGCUGCCAGCGCUGACGCCGGGAAGUCUGAAGGCAAGAAAUGCACCGAAGCACUUUACUCCCCUGUGGACAGCGGGAAGCCGGGGGCCAGCCUUUCCCCGGUGCAAGGUGAGGCUGGGCCCAAGGGCACGGAGAGGCCGGCAGCAGCCGCCGGGAAGGGCUGGCCGGAGGCCAAGGGGAAAGGGCCCGGUUCCCAGAAGCCACUGACGGAGGCGGGCAAGCCCAGUGGCAUGAAACGGUCGCCCUCGGCCACGGCGCAGAGCUCUUUCCGCUGCACUGCCCUCCCCGAGAAGUCUCUGAGCUACUCCUCUGGCUUUCCCGAGGCUAGAUCAGUAGUUCUAGAGACUUCUACAACCUGCAGCGACACCUUCUCUGCCAAGGCCGGCAGGGCCACAGCUGAGCCCCCAGCCUCCAGCAGCAGGGACCAUCAAAAGCCCCUGCCUGGGGGGGAUGGCAGAACCCAAAUGACAAAGAGCGACUCCUUGCCAUCCUUCCACAGCUCAGCCAUCACUCUGGAAUCCUAUCACCCCAACCCAGGCGUGGGGGAGGGCGCCAGCCACCGGGACAGGGUCCUCUCAGGAGCAACCACCGAGGGAGAAACCAAAGGGAAAGAGCCGGCCCCCGCCCAGCCAGCUCAGACUAGGAAGCAGAAUGUGGGCAGAGAGGUGACCAAGCCGUUCCCCGCUCCAAGCGCGGAACGCCCCAUCACCCUUCCUUCUGAGAAGGACUCCGGGGUGCGACAGAGGCGGGGGAAAGAGAGUUUGCGCGGCAGCCCACACAAAAAGGCCUUGUGAUGGGGCAGGCCCCCGGCGGGACUGGGGGACCCAGCCUGCGUGUGUAACUGCAUCUUGACUACCUUGGAAACCAGCACUGUGGGAACACCCCCAGGCAGAGCCUGGAGCCUCACCGAAGAAGGGGGAGAGAAGAAACAGGAAAAGAAGGGACCUUCUUCCAAAUGCCUUCCCAAUUGGAACCGGUAAACUGUUACCAGAUAGUGUUUGUACAAAAAAAAUAAAAAUAAAAAUAAAAAAACAAAAAGUCUUUUUGGUUGAGGUUGAGGUUGCGGAUUGUUGAGGAAAACGAUUUUCUCUGUAAAUACCUAGCAAUGUGUUUGGUUUGGGGGAUAUAGAGUCGAUACUUUGCUGCUGAUGGCAUCAUUUACUACAACUUUUUUUUAAUAAGAUUUUCGCUCUACCGUUGAUCAUAAUGCAGUAAUGAAGCAAAAGGGUUAAACCUGGGUAUAUGUAAAAGUAUAGAUGCACCCAUAUUCGUGUAUAUACACAUCCACCCACGUGUUCUGGUCUGUGGUAGAAAAGAAUAUUUCAAGGCUACAUUUUUCUACGUUAAAACAUUCUAAGUCGAGUUGAAGGUGAAAGAGAGCCCCAAAUACACUAGAUUGUAAGCCUUCAUGUGUAUUUUUAACGAGUGAUUUUGAUAGUACUGUAUCUGGCUACCUAUACUUCCAGAUCUAAAGAACUACUCGAAUCACUGCCUUUGGAAUCCUCCUCCAUCAGAAAUGGCCACAACAGAUGGAGCUAGCCAUUUUCAUUUCAUUUCAUGGUCAUCCUAAUAGCCAUUUUGAUCCUGGGCCCAGCUGUCUGAAAGGCCAGUUGUCCUUGUCUGUGGGUGUGUAUGUCAACUCCUCACCAUAGGUAGAGCAGGGGCUAUAAACACACGUCGACUUAUUUCUGUUCUUUUGCUUUCCCUUUCUGUUCUCUCGCUUUUCCUUUUCAUGCUCUUAAACUCAGGCCUUUAUGCUAUGAGUCACUAGUCUAAGAAGCACACAUUUUAUAGUAGUUCUGCACCAGCCCUGCUGUUGAACAUAAAGGAAAGUUGCUGGCCGCACACCAAUCUGCUAGUACUUAGGUUGAGUCAUAAGCAUCGGGCAUUGGAAGAGGUUUUAAAUUUGCUUUUUUGAGGAAAAGUCAGGGGACGGGGUGGGGUUGUGGAUUUGGGCAUCAUAGCAUAUAUUUUAAGGAAUAAUCAGGACAUCAGAUACAUUUUAAUACAUAGCUGGGGCCUUAUGUUGUAGACGAAGCUUGCUGUUUUUAGCAAGUUCCUGGGUUUCACAUUCAUUUCUGAUGCAUCAAGUAGCUCCGUACAUUUCAUAACAUGAUCUCUUUAUUUGUAUGCAAAAAAAAUACUGUAUUAAUAAAGAGCAGCAUUUUUGUAACAAAAAGACUUGUUGGAGCUAUUUGGUGCUUGAAUGUGACUGUCCUUUUUACUUUUGCUAAGCCUUAUUUAAAUUUUGUAUACCAUGGAAUAUGUAGAAUUUGUCCAAUCAUUUUAGUGCUGAGGGGAUCUUUUUGUUUGUUUUUUGUUGCAGUUUUCCUUCCUGGUGGAUUGUUUUAUAUUGUAAGACAGCACUUGCUGACAUAAGUACUAAGGCACUAAGAGAAAAUACACACAGAUAAGUAUUUAUAAGAUGCUUGGGAUCCGUAGCAGGAUUUUUUGUUUUGUAAGAGAAAAAAAAAAAUUACCAAGAAGAAAUACUAA